GUGCUAUAUCCGAAACGUACGAAAUAUAGUAAAUAUCGUAAAGGCAGAUGUAGUAAGGGUUGCAAACCGGAUGGUACACAACUGGGUUUUGGAAGAUAUGGCACUAAAAGUUGUAGAGCUGGUCGUCUUUCAUAUCGAGCCAUUGAAGCAGCGCGUCGGGCUACAAUCGGACAAUUCCAUCGUGCUAUGAGCGGACAAUUCCGAAGAAAUGGUAAGAUAUGGGUAAGAGUUUUCGCGGAUCUCCCUAUUACCGGGAAACCUACAGAAGUAAGAAUGGGAAGAGGAAAAGGAAAUCCAACGGGUUGGAUUGCUCGUGUGUCUACGGGACAAAUCCUAUUUGAAAUGGAUGGUGUGAGUUUGUCAAAUGCUCGACAAGCCGCUACAUUAGCGGCGCAUAAACUAUGUUUGUCAACCAAGUUUGUUCAGUGGUCGUAA